AUGGUGGUUUUACUUCUUAUAGCUGCAAUUGUGAUCAUCAUACUUUUUGCUACAGGAGUAUUCACUGGUGCUGACCCUCUUCAAAACCCAACAAUCUCGCCAAUUUUCAACCCAACAAUACGACCACCAAUCAACAAUAUUCCGCCUCUGGGACCUCCAAUAUUUUCACAAAAUCAGUCUUACUCUGGAUCUUUCACCAUCUUGCGACAAGCUAGUGAAAUGUUCGACAUGAAAAACACAAACAACUAUUACUUGACUUUCAAUAGGAUACAGGAUGGGCUAGACAACAUUUUUGUGACUUCCUCCCUCCUGCGACCGUAUGCUGCACAGGCAAUACUGACAGAUUUGCAGAACAGAGGAAACGACUUAGCAGUCUUAUUCCGAGUGAAUAUGUUGGGAGGAGGAAGUAUCGACCAGAAUACUGUUGCUGCAGUUGUCAGGUACAUCAAUUACUGUGAGGAUGAGCUCUAA